AUGGGCUUAGAUUCCUACAGAUUUUCAAUCUCAUGGCCUAGAAUAUUGCCAAAAGGAAAGCUAAGUGGGGGAGUGAAUAAAGCAGGAAUCAAAUACUACAACAACCUCAUUAAUGAGCUCCUAGCAAAUGGCAUAAAACCCUUUGUAACCCUCUUCCAUUGGGAUGUUCCCCAAGCCUUAGAUACUGAGUAUGGGAGUUUUCUAAGUCCUAAGAUUGCAACUCAAAAGGGCAUUAUAGGGAUCACAAUAGCAUGCCACUGGUUUGUGCCACAUUCUAAUACCCCAGAGGACAAAGGUGCUGCAAAACGAUCCCUGGAUUUCCUGUAUGGAUGGUUUAUGGAUCCAGUAGUUUACGGUCAAUAUCCAAAUUCUAUGAGGGCUAUUGUUGGAAGACGAUUGCCCAAAUUCACCAAGGAGGAAUCUGCAUUUAUAAAGGGGACAUACGAUUUCAUUGGAGUGAAUUACUAUACUACUUUCUAUGCGAUCAAUUUGCCUAAAUCUAAUAUUACAAAUCCAAGCUACACGACGGAUAGCCUUGCCACCCUUACAAGUGAUCGUAAUGGAGUUCUUAUUGGUCCACAGGCAGGAUCACCUUGGCUCCAUGUUUAUCCUAAAGGAUUUCGUGAAGUUUUGCUCUACACAAAGUUCAAAUACAAUAAUCCUGUUAUUUACAUCACUGAAAAUGGUGAUUAA